CCGCCCAUCGCACACUGUCAGAUUGCCAUGCUGGCAAUUCCUGCUGAUGUACUGCUACGCGUUCAUCAAGCCACGAACGGGCAUGCCCCAUUCCUCGUUGAAAACCUCUCAUUCAGCGAUUGGGCGUCCCUGGUCUGCGUCAUGCAGACUAAGACCCCAGGAGCUUGAUGACAAGAUUCAGGAGCUUGCCACAAACAUUCCUGAAGUAUGCAGAAAAUCGGCCAUCGAGAACAGGGAGAUAGACCUGAUCGUAGCCAAGAGUGAGAAAAUCAUCCUAGAGCUGCACGACUAUGAUACUACACAUCUGGACGCCUCUAGACAGGUCUGGACCAUGGAUUGUAAUGAGACAUUCUCUGAAGAGUACAUCAAUAGAAUUUCUCUUACUCCGAUCGAACUAGAAUAUUUCAAGAAGAAGGAAGUUGCCAGGAGGACCAACGUGCACACUGACAUCUUGCCAGCAAUCAGAGACGCAAACUACAAUUUUUUCAAGAACCGCCCGUUCUUACCACUCGCCUCUAGCACCUGGACGGAGAAAGUUGUCCAACGCAUCCAUAAUCAAGUAUGGAAGUUGGACACCUUCAAUUACACUACGCCAAUCAGUGUCCACGCGUAUGCAGCUCUUGCACGGCUCUGCGCAGAUGACUUUGAAAACUGCCGCACUGCUGCUAGAAAUGGCACAGACUACUUUCCUGCUGGCAGAAAUGGACUGGAUGCAGACUUCCCUCCACUAGACAAGCUAGAAAGAGGGAAAUGUCCACGGAAACCGCUCCUGUAUCAGAAAGGCAUUCCAAAGUUCCCAAGCGACCUUGUCGAACUCAAAAAGCUACGGAACGCAGGUAGACCAUUCCUCAAAUGUCCUUGUCCAGGGUGUGAAAAAAACUUCACAUGGUUCGAUCACCUAUUCUGGUUCGUGAUCGGAAACCUGGACAAAUUAGAUCCGCUGGCACCGUCGGAGAGGAUUGGGAUGCUAGAGUUUCAGGUCUUACUCCACACCACCUGGAAGAAAGUUAUCCUUGCGCAGAUCGUCUUCAUCUUUAUGAGGGAGUACAUGCUGAAGAUCAUACACCUCGUCAUCCGAAACAAGAGGAUUACGACAGAGGAGAUCAUCGGCUACGAAAGCUUCAAGGAAGAACCUUUCGUUCUCAAGGACCUCAAGUUCACCACCGCACUACUACCGAACUCUACAGGCAUCGUUACACAUAUGACAAAUAGGCGGCGCCCCCUACCAGAUGAUUAAGAUAACUCGCUGAGAAGAUGCCGCCAGAUGAG